AAUCCCACUGAACACCCUGAACGUGCCGUAUAAAAAAAAAACAGUGCCUCAUUGGUAACGCUGCCCCUUGCUACCAAAACAAACAGUGUUAAAACGAAACUAAUAGAAAUAAUAUAAAGAAAAGAAAGAAGAAAGAAGAAAGAAAAUAGAUCCAGGGGAUAUAGACUAGACUAUAGUCUAAAACCCUAUAAAAGAAGAAAGAAGAAGAAGAAGAACAGUGGCGGAGAGGCAGGGGCAGGCGUCGCUCCUCAAAACCCGUUGAUAUGACUCUAUUACCUCCCUUACCCGUAUUAGUUUUAUUACUUACAUUGAUUGAUGUGCUUAGUGGUUAUGUAUAUGAUAACGAGUUCAAGGAGGAGUUGCUGGUGAGGCCUCUGCCGUCGGGACACGUCUACUCCCACUUCGAGUUCACGACCACUUGGGCGACGCCGGGAAUCCAGGAGUCGGUGGCGCAGUAUACGGACUUUGAAUUUGAGCACUAUGAUCUCUUUCCUCGAGCGCUUGGGGAAAUCGUAGAGCGUUACCAUGUGAGAGAACUUCACCUUAGCCUAACUCAGGGAUUUUGGCGCCAUCGAAAAUGGGGAUAUCCUGUCAUAGAUGCCCCACCAGGUGCCCAGUUGUGGGUGUGGUUCAACCCAUCAGAUGAAGAUUUGGAUCAGACUUGGCGAGAUUUGGUGAAUGCCCUCAGCGGUCUUGUGUGUGCUUCUCUAAAUUUCAUUGAUUCUACUAAUACAGUUUCUCCAGAACUCAGUUAUCGACCAUUAGGACUUGCUGAAAAUUGGUAUGCUCAAAAUUCGUCUUUUUUGCGAUAUGCCGCUUUGCCUCGUGAAAAUGUUUGCACAGAAAACUUGACUCCCUGGAAAAAAUUACUGCCAUGUGAUACAAGGAGAGGUUUGGCAAUGUUGCUUCACCCUGCUCCUCUUUACACUGCCCAUUAUCAUGCUCUGUCUAUUCACCUUAGGCCAACCUGUCAGGAUGAGAGUUGCACUUCCUCCCACCUGGAACUUGUCCAGGCCUUGUCACUUGUCCAGAAUCCCACAGUAUCAAUGGAAGGACACCAGGAUUGGAGCCUUCGCCAGCUCUUCUCGGCUCCUCUUAUUUCUACGUGCCCUUUGGCUUCCAUGUCAAAGGUUUAUGUGGAUGUCACAAUAAACAAGGAUAGACAGAAUUUCAUUCUCUAUCCUGAGCCUGAUAGUAUUGAUGUAAGUGGAAGUGGAGACAGCCUGCGUCACUUGGCUGUCUAUGAUGCCCGCCUAGCUUUGAGCAAUGACAUCUUUGAUCUGGAAGCCCACUAUCAAAGUCGUCAUGUAUAUGGCCUUAUUCCACCACCUCAUUUGCACGUUUCAAGAUUUGUUACAGGAUAUGGACAGGAAGGUGGGAGUAUCACAGUAAAACUAACCAACACUGGAAGACAGCCACUGUCUGUCGUGUACCUUGAAGUGUUACCUUGGUACCUGAGACUCUUUCUGCAUACUUCACACACACACCAGCAGAUGCAGUCAGCUUACAUGUCCAAGUUGGUAACUGCACGAGACCGGGAGAGAGGAUGGCUUUACGAAGCUGUAGUUGAAAUUCCAGCUGGUGCCACCAAGGAGCUAAGCUUGGAGUUCACAAGAGCUCUUUUAAAAUGGCUUGAAUAUCCUCCAGAUGCCAACCACGGUUUUUAUAUUCCUGCUGCAACUGUGUCUGUUGUUUUGCCUACCCCAAGGAAUGUCUCUGUCAAUAGUCUUGAUGGGAAGUGCUUGAAGGAUAAGCUCAUUCUGAAAGAGGGUGAAAGCUUCGUCCGGAUUCACACUGAGACUCUUCUUGUGAGUCUUCCCACGCCAGACUUCUCAAUGCCUUAUAAUGUCAUCUGCCUUGCCUGCACUGUGGUUGCUCUUGCAUUUGGACCCAUUCACAACAUCACUACCAAGAAGCUUGUGUUAAAAAAAAUAGAAGACAAGGCAUCACCCUUAAGCAAACUUCUGACCAAGUUGAAAAGCCUGCUGAAAAGAAGCAAGAUGGAGGAAAAAGAGACCAAGGGUACAGAUAACAAGCAAGAGCCAGUCAUUAUAGAGGAAAAUCCAUUAUAUGAUGACAGAGAAGAAUUAGAGGACAUCAAGGAAGAAGAAGAGAGUGAAGAAGAUAAAACAGCAAGUGAGGAUGAAAACAAGAAGGAUAAAUAGGCACUAGUCACCCUCUAUUUAUAUGGUACAUAAAGUUCAUUGUAACAGAUUUUAGGAAAUGCUUUGAUGAGGAAAAAUAAUAUUGCCAAGAUAAGUAUAUGGUGAUUCAGUAAUUACUUCAUCAGAAUUAUGUAACUCUGCUAAUGAUGUAACUCAAAAUGUCAUUUGUUUACCUUGUAUUGUGAAGUGAAUCAUUCUCAUUCAUACAUUUUUCAACAAGGCUCAAAGAAUCAUAAGUAAUAAGCUCAUUGAACAGUACAUGUACAUUCCCCAUACCUUGAUUUAAUAAGUUAGAAUUUUAAGCUUUAAUGUUUUUUCACCAAAAUAUUAAUUUUAUUAGCUUGUAUUCAGUAUACAAAGUGUAAUAUAUGUGUAAAAAAAUGGAUUGUGUUAUUGAACCUCUUAUGAUAUUACUGUAAUAUAAGAUUUCCUUAAAUUAUUACAAUGUCACAAAUACUAUUUUUGUGUUAGAUAGUAUUUUUCUUUAACAUUCCAUGGUAUUAUAAGCUGAUAUUUAGUCAGGAGGGAAAAUUUGUUCCUAUCAGGAAAGUAUUAUUGUUAAAAGUACCAACAAUGGUAGGGUAGUGGCACUAGUUUCCAUCCAGCUAAGAAAACUUUAUAUAUAUUUUAUAUAUAUAUAUAUAUAUAUAUAUAUAUAUAUAUAUAUAUAUAUAUAUAUAUAUAUAUAUAUAUAUAUAUCAUGACAAACUGCUCGAUCUGUGGCAGGUGGCUGUACGCCACGGCGGCACACCAAAGCACUAUAAGCCAUUGAUCUCCAGAGCGUAUAUAUAUAUUUUUUUUUUUCUUCACCCAUCAUCAAGGGGAUAUUGGGUAUUAUUUCCUCAUAGGUAUCAUCAAAAGAUUGUGAUGGAUUACUCAUUUUCAAGGCUCUUUUUGAGAAAUGAAAAUCAGAAUCUGAAAGUUAUUUGUCAAGGCCAAGUCAUCAGUGAAGAGCUUACAUGUCUUGUUAAAACAAUAAUGUAAUUCAAAAAUUCAAUCAAGGUUGGACCCACUCAGAUCUUUUAUUGAUUAGCCUAUCUGUACUGACCUCUACAUAGUGCAGAGCAGGUUAUCACGGACCUUCUACAAAAAGUUAAAAUACUUGGUUUAGCAGCCAACUAGUACAGGCUACAAUUGUUGGUAUACUCAACAAAAUUCUAGCAAGACCAUUUUAUUUAAACUAGCCUCAGCAAGCCUUAACUACCUUGAUCUAUUUCCUCAAAUAUUGUUAUGUUAGGGACAUUUCCCUCUGUAGUCCUUAUCUUUGUGUAGUCUGGGGCUGGGGGAUCAAAUGGAUACAAUCCAGUAGAAGAGAAACCACAGAUUAUGUUUUGUUUUGCAACAUUUGCAUAAUACAUAGGUACUAUACAUGGUAGAAAUGUUAUGUGCUUCUUGCCACUCCCUCAAAUUCUUCUUCCAGACUUUCAUCUAUCCAAGGGCUAGAGGAUAUGUGUGGUAUUUGGAAGAAUACUAUACAGUAUAAUCUAUGGUUCUUUUAGUUUUUUUUGGAAGAUGAAACCACACUCUCAACUCUUGCCAAUUUAUCCACACGAUAGCACAUUGCACAAUUUCAAAAUGGUUGUAUAUUUAUUUGUAAAAAACUUCUCUUAUGAUAAAUCCUCUGUUACUUCUAGCUAAAAUGCAGUUGAGUCCAUGUGCAUUUUGUAUAAUUUCUGGGGAAAUACACUUUCUUGGUAAAACAAUCCUAGGAAGAAGGGCAGAACCAUCACUAGAAAUGCAUGCACUUUUAUCUAAUACACAGGUAUAUGAGAUGGAAUGAGUGAUAUCAAGGCAAUAUUUGAAUGUUUUCCUUUUGUUCAAUUUUAAACAAUUGUUGCUGGGAAAAUGUAGUGCUCACUGUAGCAUUGUUUUUUUAAAUGUUCUACAAGUGCUUAGCCACCAAAGAAUCAGUUAGUAGACCUUGUGACCUCACGUAAUUUCACCUCUCCUAGAUUUUUUUUUUCCUUUUUUCAAAUGCUAUCAAUAUUGAUGCUGUUAUCAGUGUUAUAAGCACUAUAAUUAUUAUAAUGUUAUUGACAUGACUAACAACAGUAUAACAGAUAAUAUUUUUGUCAAUAGUGGAAAAGGGUAAACAAUUGAAAUAUGUAGUACUAGUAACUGGUUCAUUGGUGAUUUACAACUUGUAGACCUUGUAUAAGUAAAAACAAGUAACGGACGAAACUCACAGAGGUCAUUGCACAUACGUACUUUACAUGCCAUCUCCGUCGGCAACACACCUACAUUUCCCUCAGUAACUGUGACAUUUCUGACAAAUUGAACAGUAUUGUUAUCAAUGUAAACCAGGAUCAAGGAUGAGAAAAUAUGUAUCAAGAAGUGCAUGUUUAUUCUCAAAAAAGUUUUUCAAAUAAGAGUGAAAGUAUGAAAAGAGAAAGUUCUUCAAAAAACAUUGAUUUUAUGAUACUGUUAUAGGAUUACUUAUAUUUCUUCUUGUACCUGAAAUAAAAGUUAGUAGUGAAAA